AUGAAGGCUGCCGUCCUCCUCUCCGCCGCCGUGCUCGCGGCCCCCUCUCUGGCCGCGCCUGCUGCCGCGCCUGCUCCUGCCGCAGGCGGCCCUCCAGCUGACGCCGUCGCUGCCCGUGGUGAUGGUUAUGCCAGCUAUGGCGACUAUCCGCCCCCCAAGGACGGCUAUGCUUCGUAUGGUGAUUAUCCUCCUCCCAAGGACGGCUACGGCAGCUACGGCUCCUACAAGAAAGACAAGCGCGGCGAGAAGAAGGCCGCUGGCUAUGCCACCUACGGCGACUACCCGCCGCCCAAGGAUGGCUAUGCUUCGUAUGGCGACUAUCCGCCUCCCAAGGAUGGCUACGGUAGCUACGGCGCCUACAAGAAAGAGAAGCGCGGCGAGAAGCAGGCCGACGGUUACGCCAGCUACGGCGAUUACCCGCCGCCCAAGGACGGCUACGCCAGCUACGGCGACUACAAGGGCGACGGUGCCCUCAAGGGCGACGGCAAGGACGAGGGCAACAAGGUCGACGGCUACGCCAGCUACGGCGACUACCCGCCGCCCAAGGGCGGCUAUGGCAGCUACGGUGCCUACAAGGAGAAGCGCGGUGAGAAGACGGCCGACGGCUAUGCGUCCUAUGGCGACUAUCCUCCCGAGGGCAGCUACGCAAGCUACGGCGACUACCCUCCGCCCAAGGGCGGGUACGGGAGCUACGGCACGUACCGCCGGUGGGUGAACAGCAUCAAGAGCUUCUUUGCGUGA